GUUGUCAGUCGAGCUGACUCCAUUAUUGCGCCUGUUCUUCCUUUCGACCCCAUUCGUGCUGUCCAACUGUCGACCUCUCCCCCUCGUGCUGGUCGAGUACGUUCAGGAUGCCUCUCGGAAUUCAUAAUCCAUUGCCCUCUUCUAUGAGGAGCGAAUGUCGCAAGGCUGGUAAGAUCCUUGCUUCCUUCGUAGACCCACGACAGGCAUUUGGUCCUGAUAAGAUUAUUCCCCCGGAGAUUCUCGCGGGAGCAAAGGGACUUGCGAUCCUCACGGUUCUGAAGGCGGGGUUCCUGGGCUCCGCUCGAUUCGGCUCCGGCGUUGUCGUUGCGCGUCUGGCAGAUGGCUCAUGGUCGGCACCUUCUGCGAUUGCGACUGCUGGUGCUGGAUUUGGAGGACAGAUCGGGUUUGAGCUGACAGAUUUCGUCUUCAUCCUGAACGAUGCGGCUGCCGUCCGGACGUUCUCCCAGGUCGGAACUCUGACGCUUGGUGGAAAUGUCUCUCUUGCGGCCGGUCCUAUCGGACGAAAUGCUGAGGCAGCCGGUGCGGCGAGCACGAGAGGUGUUGCCGCAGUCUUCUCGUACUCCAAGACCAAGGGUCUGUUCGCUGGUGUCAGUCUGGAGGGAAGUAUGCUGGUAGAACGCAAGGAUGCCAACGAAAAACUAUACAACAGCAAGGUCACCGCGCGACAGCUGCUUUCAGGGACCAUUCGGCCACCGCCAGCCGCUGAACCCCUCUUGCGUGUCCUCAAUUCUCGAGCAUUCUCUGGCAGGCACCAGGUGUACGGUGAUUCUAUGUACAACGACAUCCCAAUCUAUGAUGACAGCCAUGAUGACGUGGUUUGGGAAGGUCGACGCGGCGAAGCGUUUGGUGAAGGUGUUAGACGGGAUCGCACAGGCACCAGCUCGCCGUACGAUAAUGACUACGAGUACCGCGACCGUCCUCGUCGCGCAAAUACUUGGGCCGACGAUAUCUAUGACCGUCCAGCCGUGGGUGGUAUCAACCGUUCCUACACGACCCGUGCGAACCCGCAGGAGACCUUUGACAGCAUGGGACACCGCGCCAGAAGCAACACAACCCCGUAUGAGGAGGAUUAUGUCUAUUCGGACCGCAGACCGAGUCGGCCAACAGCUCCCAAACCUGUCUUCGGACAGAGGACUGGCGACGUGUCUGCUCUGCGCAAGGACCAGGCCGUUGCACUCUACACAUUUGAGCCAGAUCAGGAUGGUGACUUGGGAUUCAAGAAAGGUGAGAUUAUCACCAUUCUGAAGCGCACAGACAAGAAAGAGGAUUGGUGGACCGGACGGAUAGGAGACAGAGUCGGGAUCUUCCCUGCCAACUACAUCGAUGCUCCGUGAAUGCAUCCAAAUUUUCUUUUUACACAUUGAAUGAUACCAUUGCGACAGAUUUGAAACGAACUCUAUACCGAAAACGAUGUGAAGACCAAGGGCCAAGGAACAGUGGUUUCUAUAUCCUUGUGAAGCUCUUUCUUCCACGCUGAAUUAAGAAAAAAUCUUCCCACAUAUAGCGCAGAGCGGGUACUUGCUCUCUCUGCUGUCACUGUUGCAUCCACGUUCGAUCCAGUUCCGUCGCAUCUUCUGCUGCUAUAUUCGAGCGCUGGAGUUCGCAACUUGGCUUGGAUUUACUCGGUUGACUUGAUUUGCACCUAUUCUACACUGUUGUUGUAUGUGCCUGCAUGGUUCGUCUUCAAAGAUCUAGGGUUUUUUGUUUUUUUCUGUGCCUUGCCUAUUUUGUGAAUAUUCCGGGAAUUGGUUGGA